AUGGCGGCCAACAUGAGCGCAGCGGCGGAGGCGGCGGCGACGGGAUACAACCUGCCAGCCCUGCUGUUUGGGGUGCUGCUGAUCGUGGUGAUCAUCUGUGGGAACCUGCUCGUGUGUCUGAGCGUGUUCACCGAGAAGGCGCUGAAGACCACCACCAACUACUUCAUCGUCAGUCUGGCGGUGGCGGAUCUGAUGCUGGCGGUGCUCGUGUUGCCGCUCUUCGUCUACUCCGAGUUCCAGGACGGCGUGUGGACCCUCAGCACCACCAUCUGUGACGCUCUGAUGACCAUGGAUGUGAUGCUGUGCACCGCCUCCAUCUUUAACCUCUGCGCCAUCAGCAUCGACAGGUUCAUCGCUGUGUCAAUCCCCCUCAACUACAACAGGAAACAUGUGGACCUACGGCAGGCCGUGUUGCUGUCGGCCACCUGGAUCCUGGCCUUGGCUGUGGCCUCGCCCAUCAUAUUUGGAAUCAACAACGUGCCGGGUCGCGACCCCACUGAGUGUAAACUGGAAAACGAUGAUUAUGUCCUCUAUUCAUCUGUGUGCUCUUUCUUCAUCCCCUGUCCCAUCAUGCUGCUACUGUACUGUGCUAUGUUUCGCGGCCUGCGGCGCUGGGAGGAGGCACGUAAGGCGAAGCUGAAGAACAGCAUCCAGGCCUGCCGCAAACUGCAGGAGGCAGCAGCCUCCCUGCCUCCUCUGGCCUCGCUGCCACCGCCGCUGCCACCUAUCAUAGAGCGGGAAGUGACGGACACUCCCGAUGAACCGUCCACCUUCCAGUCCCCGGAGCAGCCUUUCCCUUCUUCAGAGUGUAAAGACGGCCCUGUGCCGACGGUGAGCUUCACGGACAUCAAGUUCAACCCUGACCCUCGCCGAAGGAAGAGGGCCAAGAUCAACAGCCGGGAAAGAAAGGCAAUGAAGGUGCUUCCUGUUGUUGUGGGUGCCUUCCUGUUCUGCUGGACUCCCUUCUUCGUCCUCCACACAAUGAGAGCUCGGUGUCAGGACUGCCACGUGCCGCCGGCCCUGAUGAGCGUGGUGACGUGGCUCGGCUACGUCAACAGCGCUCUCAACCCCGUCAUCUACACCAUCUUCAACACGGAGUUCAGGAACUACUUUAAAAAGGUCCUGCACCGCUGCUGCUCCUAGAACGUCUGGAGAGGACGCGGCUGCUGAAUGGAUGAUUUUUAAAUGCACAACAGCUGCAACAGGUGCUGCUUGCUGUUGAUUU